AUGGGUGACUACGAAGUGCCAAAUGUCGAUCUCGACAAUGUCAUCGAUAGGUUGCUGGAAGGUACGUCUUGGCGCGUCCAAAGAGUGGGCCUCAGCAGGAUUCUGGCUGACGAGGUCGAUGCAAAACGGGCACCCCCUCCGAGUAGUGCGCGGCUCGAGACCUGGCAAGCCAGUGCUGUUGGAAGAGUACGAGAUCAAGUAUUUGUGCCUGAAAGCCAGGGAUAUCUUCAUUACACAACCGAUACUUCUGGAGCUGGAAGCACCGAUCAAGAUCUGCGGUGAGUCGAGCUGCUCGGAGCCCGGUAUUCUCCUCGCGAGGGCUUUGUAGCGGCUGGUCGAUCAAUCAGCUCACCGCUAUCCUCGUCUUUCACGUCUUCAGGCGAUAUUCACGGACAAUACUACGACCUUUUGCGACUAUUCGAGUACGGUGGCUUCCCUCCCGAAGCAAAUUAUUUGUUCCUGGGCGACUACGUAGACAGAGGAAAGCAGUCUUUGGAAACGAUCUGCCUUUUGCUGGCGUACAAGAUCAAGUACCCCGAAAACUUCUUCAUCCUUCGCGGUAACCACGAGUGCGCGUCCAUCAAUCGCAUUUACGGCUUCUACGAUGAGUGUGAGUCAAAACAGGCGGGCAGACGUGCCGAGUAGGAGUAGAGGGCGGGGUCUAGUCAACGAGACUCUACGAAAGCUGGCUCGAACAUCUGGGGGAGUCUCACAAUGCUAAAUGUAUGCUUUGUCUUUAAACAGGCAAACGGCGCUUCAACAUCAAGUUGUGGAAGACGUUCACAGAUUGCUUCAACUGCCUGCCGAUCGCCGCCAUCAUCGACGAAAAGAUCUUCACAAUGCAUGGAGGGUUGUCACCGGAUCUUCAAAGCAUGGAACAAAUCAGGAGGGUGAUGCGACCCACAGACGUGCCGGACACUGGUGAGUGGAUCGUCAUUGGAGCUCUGUGUAAACAGAGCGCAUGACCGUUGGCAUCCGCUGCUCUGAUGCGCAAGUCCCUAACUGACGCCUGCGUACCUUUCUGUCAUCGUUCUGCAGGCUUGCUCUGCGACUUGUUGUGGUCGGAUCCGGACAAGGACAUCUCAGGGUGGAGCGAGAACGAUCGCGGUGUCUCUUUUACAUUCGGGCCAGACGUAGUCUCGCGAUUCUUGCAGAAACACGAUAUGGAUCUCAUCUGCAGAGCGCAUCAGGUCGUCGAGGACGGGUAUGAAUUCUUCGCGAAGAGGCAGCUGGUCACGCUCUUCUCAGCACCCAAUUACUGCGGGGAGUUCGACAAUGCGGGAGCAAUGAUGAGCGUGGACGAAACAUUGCUUUGCUCUUUCCAAGUGAGUAGCGACAGCUUCUGGGCUCGGAUCGCUUAGUUGCAAGUGACUGACCUGCUUCGGUGUUCGCACACCACACUUCAGAUCUUGAAGCCUGCUGAAAAGAAGCAGAAGUACGCAUAUGGGGGCAUCAACAUGAACAAACCGGUCACGCCUCCCCGAAAGCAGAAGAAGGGAGGCUCUAAAUGA